GUAUCAGUAGUCCCUCUCUUCUGCCUCUGAAAAGGGGAAAAAUUGACGAUUUAAUUGAAUCAUUAGGUUAGUUUGUUGUGUUUGAUGAUUUAAUCAAAUGAAUUGAAGAUGAAUGAAGAUAUAUCUUCUAUGACGACGACAUGAAAGGAGAAAGGGAUGUCCAGUGGCAGUAUUGGUAAAGGAAAAAGCAUGUUUAGAGAUAUAAAAUGUUAUUGCAUUGAGAGUAAGAUAGAGUUGGCUUUCAAACAGUUAAAAAGGGGAAUGAUGAGUCUGGGGAUAUUUCAGCAAAUGGUACACAAGAAGUUAUGUUUGGAAGAUAUAGAUGAGGUUGUUUUAUUAUGGAUGUCAGAACAUGGAGUUCCUUGGACAAUAAAAAAUGAUCAUGCAUUUUUUUGGUUUUGGGACAAUGCCGUAGUAAAUGGUUUAUUCAUUUGCUUGUGAAGAUUAAAAAUUCAGAAUGGGACAAGGUCUCACCUAAGAAAGUAGCAUCAAAGCCACCUCAAGUGAGAAGAAGGCUGGGACUUGAGGUGAGAAGAACAAAAGUGUAGGUGGUUCUAGUGCUAGAAAGGAGUUGUUUGGGCAGGACAGUUCACAGUCUACUCAAGCAAGUGUUGUUGGUGAUAACUUGAGAGGAAGAUCAAGUAGUACACCAGUUCCAGUAUAUGAGGAACCAGUUGUAGUUGAUGAUUUUGAUGAAGAGUAUUGGUUAAACAAAAUGAAAGAAAAUGAUGAUUUGGUAAUUCAACUUGAGAACAAAGAAGUGCAUGAGUGCCAUCUUGUAGAAGAUCCUGAAGCUGCAGCUACUUAUAAUAGUGAUGAAGAGGCUGAAGACACAAGUGAUGAUGAAAAUGAAAGUACAUAUGAAGAUAAUGAUGAUUCAGACAAUGAUGGUGUAGAAGUAAAUGACCAAGGUAAAGAGGGUGAAGAAGACCUUGAGUAUUACAAUAAUUUUCGAGCUGAUAAUUCUGAGUUUGAUGAUGAACCUGGUGACUUGUUUGAUGACUCAGACCUUGUUCAACCAUUGGAUCCUUCACAAAUGAUUGUAGGUACUGAGUUUCAUGAUAAAACUACUUUCAAAAGAAAUCUAAAUAUUUUCUGUGUAUUAAAUGAAUGUGAGUACAAGGUUAAAAAGAGUGACAAGUUAAGACUUGGAGUGUGGUGUGAAAAUAGGUUUAAAAAUAAAGGAACUGUUGAGUGUCACUGGUUUGUUUUUGCUUCAAAACUACAACAUAAGUCUACAUUUAAGGUGAAGGGUGUGAAUUUAAACCAUACUUGCAAGGGGAGGAUUGUAGAAGACAGGAUACUGAAUAGAUCUGCAGACCCUCAACUAGUAUCUGAAGUUAUACAAGACAAGUUGAAGAAUGGCUCUGGAAAUGUAAUUCCAAGACCAAAACAAAAUCAAUUGGAUUUCAAGGCUUCUCACCUCAUUGAUAUCACUUAUCACACUGCAUGGAAGGCCGGGAACUUAGUAAUGGAGGCUAAAUAUGGGAGUUAUGAAAAAAGUUAUAAACUAGUUUCCCAGUUUUGUAAGAUGGUGUGUGACUCCAACAAGAACUCAGUUGCAACUUUUUCAUAUUGUAAGACUGAUAUUGUAUUUGAGCCCAUGACAAUAAGUUUUGCUGGAGAUAUUGAAGGAUGGAAGGAAGGGUGUAGAUCAGUUAUUGGGUUAGAUGCUUGUCAUCUAAAUGGUAAGUGUGGUGGUGUGUUGAUGGAUGCAACAUGGUUAGAUGGUCAAAAUGGACUAGUCACAUUAAGAAUUGGUGUUUUACCUGCCAAAACAAUUGAAAAUUGGACUAUGUUCCUCACUGACCUGAAGCCGUUACUCUUAAUCCAUCAAAAGCCAUUGACAUUCAUUUCAGAUAGACAAAAAGGGCUACUUGAAGUUGUACCUGCUGUGUUCCCAGACUCACACCAAAGAUAUUGUUGGACGCACUUGUAUAACAAUUUCAAGAAGUACUUUAAGGGACUAAAUUUGUAUAGCUUACUGUGGAAUGCAGCGAAAUGCUACAAAAAGAAACAUUUAUAUAAACAUAUGGAAGAUAUGAAGAAGGAAAAUCCUGUUGUUGUUGUGUACCUUGAAGAGGCUGGUGUUGAGUCAUGGUUUAGAGCCUUUUUUGAUGACACUAGUAAGUGUGAACACCUGAAUAACAACUUUAGUGAGUCAUUUAAUUCCAUGGUAAAAAAUCUUAGGGACAAACCAGUCUGUAGACUAGGAAUUCUUUAUGAUCAGUUGGUUAUGAGUUUGUUUCACAAGAAAAGAAAGGAAAGUGCAAAAUGGGAUCCUACUGGAUUGGUUCCUACUGCUUUAAAACUGAUUGGUAAAGUGUGUAAGUUGGUUGGUGCAUUUAAAGUUGGUCGAUGUGUUAGUGGUAAGUUGUAUGAAGUUACAAAUGAAGGUAGCAAAACAGUUUUUAUUGUCAAGGAAAAGCAAUGCAUUUGUUUACAAUGGCAACUCAGAGGGUUUGUUUUUCAACAUGUUGUUUGUUAUUUGAAGCCAUUCAGACCUGAUUGGACAAAGUACUGCUCUCAUUAUUAUACAGUUGUUGUAUACGGGGCCACAUAUUCUCCAGUAGUGCUUCCAAUUCCUUCUCAAGAAGAUUAUCCUGAUUUGGAAGAACAUGAAGACAUUGAUCUGGAACCUCCUAUCAAGAUAAGGAAAUCAGGAAGGCCUAGAGUUAAGAGGAGGAGAGCAUGGAUGAGCCUAAAGCACCUAUAUAGACAUAUUCAUGUUCAAGAUGUGGUUCCACUGGUCACGACAAAAGUACAUGUCAAGGUGGUGAUGUUGGCAAGAAUCCUAAAGCUAAGAGGCAAAGAAUUCAAGUAGAUGGUGCUACCUUCACAUUCAAUGAAAGACCUGUUGCAUCUACUUCUAAGGCUAAGAUAUCUCAACCAUAUUCUUCUAAAGAUAAGAUAUCUUAACCAUCUAAUAUUCCAAAAGCACCUGGUAAAGAUUCUACAACUUCAAAGAAACAGAACAACACUCAGACAAAGAAGUGAAUGGUUGCAGUAUGGUAAUGUGGUCUAUAGUAGUUAGGGUUGUCUUUUUUGAAUGAUAUUUUGGUUGCUCAAAACAUUAAACAUAUGUUAUAAUAUUUUGGAACAUCUUUGUAUAUAAUUAAGUACUUUUUAAACUUGCAGAAACUAGGGUUCAUCAUUUUGUAUAAAUACAGGUUGAAGAAGAUUGAAUUGGAAAUA